AUGGACAAUCGAGCGAAGAGGGCGAUGUUAGCGCCCGUACGGUAUUAUGCUGAUUUGAUACGGAAUAAACAAAAAGUGACGAUCUGGUUAUAUGAGAAUACCGCAAUGAAAAUUGAAGGGCGGAUAACUGCCUUUGACACGUAUAUGAACAUCACAUUAGAGCAAGCGGAGGAAGUCUAUGUGAAAACGAGUAAUCGCCGCUCGAUAGGGAAUAUCAUGUUAAAAGGGGACAACAUAGCGGUAGUUCAAAAGAUUUGA